AUGGCACACUACAAAGGCGCAGCUUCAGAAGCUGGAAGAGCAAUGCAUUUAAUGAAAAAGCGAGAAAAAGCUCAACAAGAAAUAGAGCUUCGGAAAAAGAAAAUCGAAGAGGACCUCAAAAUAGAUAACAUUGAGAAUAAAUUCGCUACACACUAUGAUGCAGUUGAGCAGCAGUUGAAAAGUUCCACGAUUGGUCUGGUGACUCUUGACGAAAUGAAAGCAAAACAAGAACAUAUCGUUCGAGAGAGGGAGAAAAAACUGGCUCAAAAGAAGGCAGAAAAAGAAAAAGAAAGACAAAAAGAAAUAGAAGCUAAGCAGGCCCAAAAGAAUAAACAGAAGAGACAAAUUCAAGCACUAUCAUUUGAUCUUAAUGAAGAUGAAGAAGGAGAUGCCGAAGAAGAAAAACCAGAAGUUGAUUGGAGGGAGAAAAUAGAAAUGCCCACAAAGAAAAUUCGUAAAAAUCCAGAUGUGGAUACCUCAUUUUUGCCAGACAGAGAAAGAGAAGAGGCAGAUCUCAAACUAAGAGAAGAACUGCGGUUAGAAUGGGUAAUGACACAAGCCAGUCUAAAAGAUGAACCUAUUACUGUCACGUUUAGUUACUGGGAUGGUUCUGGGCAUAGACGUAAUGUAAUAUUGAAGAAAGGAAAUUCUAUUUAUCAGUUCUUACAGAGGUGUCUGGAUACUCUUCGGCCAGAGUUUAGCGAAUUAAAGACAGUAUCUGCUGACCAACUAAUGUACGUGAAGGAAGAUUUAAUACUGCCACAUCAUUAUACAUUCUAUGAUUUCAUUGUCACAAAGGCAAGGGGUAAGAGCGGGCCCUUAUUCCAAUUUGAUGCAUCAGAUGACAUUAGAUUGAUGAAUGAUGCCACCCAAGAAAAACAAGACUCACACGCAGGAAAAGUGUUAUUAAGGUCCUGGUAUGAAAGAAACAAACAUAUAUUUCCUGCAUCACGAUGGGAACCAUAUGACCCAACAAAGACUUAUUCCAAAUACACAAUCAAAGGAAAGUGA